AUGGCAUUAAAGGAUGAGGAUAUUAAUUCUCAUUUUAAAUUAAAAUACUUAGAACCAAUUAGAAUAAAUAGUGAAUAAUUAAAUCUAAUAGUUGGGACAAUUAGAGAUUAUAAUUUGAUAAAUUUGAAACAAUUUAGUUUAAAAUUAGAAGAGAUUGAUAUAGAAUUAGAGAUUCGAUUUAUAGUUUCAUUAUUUAAUGAAAGUAUUGAAAAUAAGAACAUUAAAAUAGAAUAUAGUUUUGAUUUACAAUCAGGUAUAUUGGUGAAUGAUAAAGUAAGAUUUAGAUAAGUGUUAUUUCAAUUAUUGUAGAAUGCAAUAAAGUAUACUUUUGAAUCAGCAAUAACUAUUACUAUAUAGAAUGAUAAUUUAGAAUGUUUUAUAUCAAUUUCAGAUAAUGGAAUAGGAAUGGUAUUAUAUAUAUAAUAAUAUUAUAUAGACUGAAUAAGAGGCAGAAAAUAUGAAUUCAUUAUUGAAUUCUAAUAAAUUUGUUAAAGUGUCUGAAUAAUCUGUUGGUGUAGGAUUAGGUUUAGGAAUAUCAAAUUAGUUAGUAAAAUAAAUGAGUGGAAAGAAUAAUUCCAUAUAAUUAAAUCGUAAAGACAGAGGUUGUUAAUUUAGUUUUUUUAUAAAAAACCAUUAAUUGGAAAUGUCAAAGGAAAGUAUGAGAAAGUAAUCUUCUGGAUUUGCAAAAAAAAGUAGUUAAACAAUUAGAUUUUUAUCUGUUAAUACAUAUUUUGAAGAUUAAGUAAAAGGAUAAUCCAUUUAGAAAAUCCAAAUCUAAAAGAGUUUAAUUUAAACUCAUUCUAAUUCUCAAUAAUAAUUUAUUAUUCCAUCAAAUAAAAAAAUAUAUGGAUAUCAAGAAAGCAAAAACUAAAGUGAAGAGGAUAGUUUAUCAUCGAUUCAUCCUCCUAUCUUAAGUCCAAAAUUUUAAUAAUCUAUUGUACAAUGCAGUCUUAACAGUGACUGUUGUUCUAGAGUAUUAAUUGUUGAUGAUGAAUACUUUAAUAUACAAUGUUUGAAAUUAUUAAUGACUAAAUAUUAAUCCAAAUGUGAUUCAGCUUAUAAUGGUAAAGAAGCAUUAUAAAUUGUAAAUCAUAAAAAAAAUCAUCCUUGUAAAAAGUGUGGAAAUCAAUAUUAUAGUUUAAUAUUUUUGGAUAUCAAUAUGCCAAUUUUAGAUGGUUAUAAAACUGUCAAAGAACUAAAAAAAUUAAUGAAAUAAUAAAUUAUCAAUAAAGCAUGGUGUAUUGCUAAUACAGGAUUCUGUGAUUUAGAUACAAAACUUAAGAGUUAUGAAGCAGGCAUGGAUUAUUAUUUAACAAAGCCUUUGGAUUAGAAUGAACUUAGAAGUAUGUUAAAUGUACUAUUUCCUAUUAAUGAUUACUGAUUAUAAUAUAUGUUUUAGGUUAUAAAUAUUAAAAAUUAUGAAUAUAUGCCAACUUGAUUCCACUUAAAAAAUAGUAUAAUAUACUCUUAGAAUGAUUAUCCUCUCAUGUGCUUUGAUGUCUACUUUAUUUAUUGGAAUUACAUGUUUAAAAAGUAACAAAUAGAAAUAUUGGGUAUUCAAAUUACUAAUUCUAUAAUCAUUCGCUGAAUCUAUUGAUUUAAUCGGAGCCAUCUCUUUAUCAUUUUAGAGUAAAUGUUAUGAAACCUUAUGUGAUAUCAUUGGAUAUAUUAUGCACUGUUGUUGGUUAACAUCAUUUACUUGUUUGUUACUUUUAUUUUAUUUGUAUUAUUCUGCCCUUCAUGUAUUAAUUAUUACAAAUUAGAUUAAUUCCAAAUAUUAAGCAGUAACUAAUAACAUAAACAAAUUCAUCAUUGUUUGUAUUAUUUGGCCUUACUUAUGGCUCUUGUAUCCAUUACUAAAUGAUUCAAUAGGUCCAACUGGAUGGAAACUAUAUAAUUCAACAGAAAUAUUCUAUUUAUUUUGUGGUUUUGAAGUAUUUUAUAUUUUUAAACUUUAGGAAGAUGAAAUUAUUUUCCUUAUCUUUUGGUCUAUACCCUUAUGGUUAAUAUUUUUAAGUGUUCUAAUUUUGAGAUAGAAAGUAUCCAAUUAUAAAUUCAAUAGAUUAGUUCUCGAAUUAAAACCCUAAUUUUCGAAGAAUAAAUUAGUAGCAUUGAAUUAGAUAUCAUAAAGAAAGUGGCAGACUUUUCAAUUAUUUAUGUAAUCUUUUGGUUAACAAAUUAAUUUGUUAAGUAAAUAAAUUAAUAUAUUAAAAAUUAGAUAUGUACAAUUAUUAUAUGAUGGAUAUACUCAACACAUUAUAUUAUACACCUUGUUUGUGUUAAUGUAUUUGUUGUUUGAAAUUCAUUUAGUCAUAAUUGCAGUCCUAUUUUAUAGAAAUUAUAAGUAAUUAUGUAGAAUAUAAAAUAUAUAGUUAAGUUAUUGACAUUAAAUCAAUUUGGUCAUUAAAAAAAUAGAAGAAUUUAAAAGUAAAGAAUGAUGAGUAAUUAAUUUGAUUUUUAUGUUGUAAAUAAUUUAAUGUUUUAAUAUAAUAUUGAUGACUAUUCAGCAUAUAUGAUAUCUCAUGAUCAAAUUAGCUUAACUUAUAGAGGAGAAAUGUAAUAUGCUAGAAAAUAUUAGAACAAAAGAUAUCUAUCAAUUCAAAUUUUUAGAAUUUGACAAUUUAGAAGAAAUAUUAUUUUUAAAAUAAGAAGAAACAGCAGUCUCUUUACCUUGGGUUAGAACAAUAAUUGUUAAUUUCUGGAAUGUACCAACAGAGAAUUACACUUUAUUUAAUAUAUAUGAGGGAAUCAAGAUUUUAUUUGACAUGGACAUAAUCAAAGAUUUGUAAGAAGUUUAAUUUAAGUUCUUCUCCAAUGAAUAAAUUUAAGCAUUGAUCAAAUUUAAAUGGUUAUAAUCUGAAAAUACUAAUUACUUUUAUUUCGAAAUACAAGAAGAGGUAUUAUUUAAUUAUGAAACCAUUUAGAAUUAGUAUGAAUUAACACUCUAAUGGAGAGAUUCAUUAUAAAUUGAUGAAUGUGUUAAGAAAGAAUUAGAGAAAUAAUUUUAAAGGAAGAAUUUAUUCAAAAUAUUAAAUAAAAUAGGUGAUUAUAGGUAUGAUAAUAUUAUGAUAAUUAGUAAUAUCUAUGAUUUAUAAGAGUUAUUUAAUUUGAUUUUGGAUAAUCAUUAUGAUACUCUAUAUGUUUAUUUUCCAUCAAUAAUCAAAUUAAAAAUUUAUACUAAAAUAUUUGAAGAGAGUUAAGAAUAAAUUAGAUCUGUAGAAUUAUUCAUUCAUAAUUAAUGGUUUAAGGAAAGAUAGGAUAAUUUGAUAGCUUAAUUUGAGAUAUUACAUACUCAAAUUUAAAAAUCUAUGAAAGAUUUAAAUGAAGAAAUAAUUUUAGAUUAUGCCUUAAUUUAUGAUGAAGAUCAAAUUAAUUGUUCUGAAUUAAUGAGUAAGAUUAAUUCUUUGAUUAUUAAAAUAUUAUUAACAAAUAAUAAGAAAAUUCAAUCAAUUUUAUUGUCUUUGAUGCCAUUAGAAAUUCAUUUUGAAUUGGAUAUUAAGAAAUUAGAAUUAAAUUUAGAUAUUAAUUUACAUCAUGAAGAUCCAUAAGAUAUAUAUUAAGAAGGAUUAAUAAUUUUAUUAUAAACAAUCACAACUUUUUAAUUGUUUUAAUCUUUAAAAGUUAAUAUCCAAUAAGAAAAUGAUUCAAAUAAUAUAAAAUUUCUUUUAUUCUCUUUCAUUAUGAUGAUUCAUUAAUUUUAAUAAACAUUAAAAAAUAAAGGCACAUUUACAUACAAUAAUUAUUCAUUAAUUCCAAGAUAUCAUUCAGUUUGUUCAAAAGGAAUGAUAAAUUAUUUAAUUUCAGAGAAGAAGUAAUAAAAAUGAUGUUUUAUAGUUAGAUCAAUUUAUGAAAUCAAUUAGAAAGAUUAUCUUGAUAUUGAAUAAGAAAUGGAAUGCUUUAUUUAAUAUAUCAGUUAUUAUGCUUAAGAGAGUAAUUCAAUAAUAAUUUCUUGUGAUUUAUAUGAAUUAAAUAAAUCUAGUAAGUAAGGUUAUGAUAGAUUGAUUUAAUAAUUAAUAUAAUAGAAUAGAGUAUUGGAAUUUGGCAUAUUAGAUAAUUGUAAUAGAGAUCAAAAAUAUUAUGAAAGAGUAGUUUAAUACUUAUUAUUACCACUUAUAAAAUAUUAUAGAUUAAAGAAGAGAACAUUAUAUACAUUAUUGAUGAUAGAUAAAAGAUUUAAGGAUAGAAUGAAAUGGGAGAAUAUAAAAGAAGUGAUUAAUUAUUUACCAAAUGAAUAUGAAUGUAUGUUACAUUUAUAAAAUUGA